AUGUGGGCAAUGAAGAAUAUUGGAGAUACAUUUCUUCGAAAAGAUAUUAACACUCGUCAAAUAAUUCUUGGUAGUUUUUGGAGAGACGAACGGGAACAGAAUGUAGAUGGACGAUUUGCAGUCAUUCACUUUUUGGGGGAUGGAAGAAUUGAACAUCCUCUUUAUUGCUUUUCGAUUCAAGCUAAUAAUCGGUAUUUGAUCACCAGAGCAACAGUUCAACGAAUUCAUCGUGGAAAACGUGCUUCAUCUGACAUUUGUUCGUGGGCGGGACAUAUUGCAGAAUGUGAUUUGGACGUUCAUGCAAUGAAAGAAUUCAAAAUAAGUACGACACCAAAUGUUGAAGAUGCGAUGUUGGUUACACCAGAAGCGCCAUUGAGAGAAGCACGUCACGAUAUGGUUGUAUGCAUGGCACCAAUGUACAUCUACACAGAUUGGGAAAUCCUUGUAACUGGAAUCGAGUUGUGGCUUGCAAUGGGAGCAACUAAAGUAGUGGUUCCUGUUCAAUCAGCUUCAAGUGCCACGUAUCGAAUUCUUCAAGAAUACGAAAGAAAAGGAAUUGUUAUAAUCAGACAUUGGCCUAAAUGGCCUAUUAUGUCAGAUACAAAUCCAAAUGGGUUAGUUCUUUCGAGAGGAAUCGAAGAAUCUCAUGUCAACUGUUUGUUCUUUGUCAAACCAUGGGCUGAUAUUGUCGUUUUCUCUGAUAUUGACGAUUUCCUACUUCCUUUGGAUCCAUCUACAGUGUCACCUGGAGACAAUUUACAGAUUUUGAGAAAUCUAUUUGCCGAACAUCCACAAGCUGGAUCACUUCUUUUCGAACAUCGUGACGUCCAAUUCGUUCCUCCAAAUCGACAAGAAGAUCAAAGUUUGGCGAAUUUCAAUUUCGAGUUUCUGAGAAAUUCGAAAAAUAAAAUGAAUUGUAAUGUGUGGAGAAUGAAAACUCGUGUCGUUGUUAAUGCGAGUCGCGUGGAUAGUGUAAAUAUGCAUGAAACAGGAAUCCAUCGUUUCGGUUAUGUUCAAACAAGAAUUCCAUGCCGUCAAGCUCAUUUCUAUCAUCUCCGUCAUUCUCAUAAUACUGUUCCAUCUCCAACUCCAAUCAAUAUGUCUCCAUUAGCUGAUAUGCUUAAUAAACAAUGGCAAACCCGAAUCGAGUCAUUCACAAGUUUGAAAUCGGAAGUUUUGAACAAAACGAACACUGAUCGUCUUAGAAGAGAUGUUGAUUGUGUAGCUGUGGCAUCUGAAUAUGAAUUCUAUCGAUCUGGAAAAGGCUACUUCAUGAAUCCAAUCAACAUUCGUGUUCAAAAAUCGGAAGUCAACUGUGAAUCACCCGUGCCUCCAUUCACUUCUGGAAACCAUUACUUUGCUCCGUGA